AUGGUAAGCAGCAAGCCCCCAGCCCUCCCUCCAGACUACUACAGCCCACACUCCCACAGCCUCCAUCCCAGACUCCCACAGCCCCCACUCCACACUCCCACAGCAUCUACUCCACACUCCCACAGCCCCCACUCCACACUACCACAGCCCCCACUCCACACUCCAACAGCCUCCACUACAGACUCCCAAAGCCUCCACUCCAGACUCCCAAAGCCCCCACUCCAUACUCCCACAGCCUCCACUCCACACUCCCACAACCUCCAUCCCAGACUCCCACAGCCCCCACUCCACACUCCCACAGCCUCCAUCCCAGACUCCCACAGCCCCCAAUCCACACUCCCACAGCAUCCACUCCAGACUCCAACAGCCCACACUCCACACUCCCACAUUCCCCACUCCACACUCCCACAUUCCCCACUCCACACUCCCACAUUCCCCACUCCACACUCCCACAUUCCCCACUCCACACAACCACAGCCCCCACUCCAAACUCCCACAGCCCCCAUUCCACACUACCACAUUCUCCAGCCCCAGUACUUUCCCUGA